AUGUCCGCCUUCGCAGAUGGGACGGCAGGCCAACGCGCUCGUGGUGGCGGAAAGCGCAACGGCGGCAGGGCUGCCGCGGCCAAGGGCGGUCCCUUGGGCAGGCAGUCGCAGGAUGCGGAUGGGGGCGACGAGGGGGAUCAUGCCGAGCCGGUCACUACCCGUGGUGGUGGAAAGCGCAACGGCGGCAGGGCUGCCGCGGCUAAGGCCGAUCCCUCGGGCAGGCCGGCGCAAUAUGCGGAUGGAGGCGACGAGGGGGAUCAUGCCGAGCCGGAAGCUCGUGGUGGCGGAAAGCGCAACGGCGGCAGGGCUGCCGCGGCCAAAGGCGGUCCCUCGGGCUUGCAGGAUGCGGAUGGGGGCGACGAGGGGGAUCAUGUUGAGCCGGUCACUACCUGUGGUGGCGGAAAGCGCAACGGCGGCAGGGCUGCCGCGGCUAAGGCUGAUCCCUCGGGCAGGCCGGCGCAGGAUGCGGAUGGAGGCGACGAUGGGGAUCAUGCCGAGCCGGAUCAUGCCGAGCCGGAAGCUCGUGGUGGCGGAAAGCGCACCGGCGGCAGGGCUGCCGCGACCAUAAGGCGAGACAAGCUCGGCACGGCCCCAAUCGCGGUUUGGCAGGGAAGCGACGGACCCGCCCCCCAACCAUAUGGGGGGUCGCCCGGUUCAUGUGAAAAACGAGGGGGCAACGAAGCUCGACUUGGUGGCAUGCGCAACGGCGGUAGGGCUGCCGCGGCCAAGGGCGGUCCCUUGGGCUCGCAGGAUGCGUAUGGUGGCGACGAGAAGGAUCAUGGUGGCUUCAAGUGGGGCGACCGUGGCCUGUAUGUUCACGAGUCAGGAUUUGAGGCGUUCAAGGGGACGGCCGCGCCUGACGAGGAGAAGAAGGACUUGAAGGAGGAAGAGCAGGAGGUGUACGACGCGGAUGACUUGAAGACGCAUGACGAGGAGGAUGACGAGGAUCAGGAGGAGGACGAGGAGGAGGAGGAGGAGGAGGAGGAGGAGGAGGAGGAUGAGGAGGAGGAGGAGGAACAGUGGGGGCAGGAGCGGAGGAAGAGCAAAAGGCACAAGAGAUGCAAAAGCAGGGGAGGCAAGAGGGAUGAGCAAGAGGAUGAGGAGGAGGAAGAGGAGGAGGAUGUGAAACGGGGGGGGCGGGAGAUUAGGAAGGGCAGAAGGCAGAAGAGAGGGAAACUCAGGGGAGGCAGGGGGGAAGAGGAAGAGGGUGGGGAGGAGGAGGAGGGGGAGCAGGAGGAUGAAAAUCAUAGGGGGCAGGAGAGGAGGAAGGGCAGAAAGCACAAAAGAGGCAGAGGCAAGGGAAGCAGGAGGGAAGAGGAAGAAGAGGAAGAAGUGGAAGAGGAGGAAGAGGAUGAGCAUGAGGAUGUGAAGGGGGGGAGCCCGGAGCGAAGGAGGGGCAAAAGACACAAGAGUGGCAAACGCCGGGGAGGCAAGAGGGUCAAGCGAUGGGGCGACUAA